AUGUCUUCACGAGGGAAUCAGCGAAGAGGUCCAAAUCGGAAUAGCGAGAUCGGCGAGCACGGAGAGGAAUUGCCCAUGUGGAAAGAUAUCAAGGACAAAGGCACUGCUAUUACCAAUGCCUUCAAUGACAGCAGUUCCAACGUCAACAAAAUUCGCGACCAGGAGAAGCUCAUGGCCGAGAAGAAGACCAAAGGCGUCCUCACUAUAGAAGACUAUAAUACACUCGAUGACUUCUACCGUAAGGGUGUAAAGGCCAAUGAAAUUGCUAGUCAAGCUAUCGUCGAAACAAUCGAAAAACUCAAGGUAUUACGUGCCGUACAGAAGGCCAAGGAGGAGCAGCAAGAGGUAAACACCUCGAGAGUCCAGCGAGCUAAGGAGUCAGCCGCUGCUGCCUCUUCUCUAUAUGACUUUGACGGAUCUGGCGAGUCGUCCGUCCCGUCUCCAAACCCCACCAUACGCCGUAUAAAUAAUAAUAACAAGGGUGACCGUGACUCAGUCCCCCCUAGGGAUCGUUCUACUCCGGCAACCAAGGCGGGGAGCGCCGAACCGCAAGCCGGACCCUCUUCUAACUCCAACCGUACCAAGCAGACAUUCGCCAAAGACGACGAGGUCGCUUUCAAGCCAAAGCCCGUGAGCAACGAGCAGACGGACUGGAUUCUAGGUAUCGUCCAAGAUGUUCGCGGCGACGGAAAGACGAGGCGGUACAGGGUUCUCGACGCCGACGUGGACGAGAAUGGUCACCAAAAAGAUUUCCGAACUUACGCUAGCAGCAUGAUCCUUAUCCCUAGAGAAGGGACUGUGUUGCCACCAUUAGAGACGGGUAAGACGGUGCUAGCACUUUAUCCCAAUACUACCACAUUCUAUAAAGCUGAGGUUAUGGGGAUGGAUGGUGAUGGGAAGGUCAACUUGAAAUUUGAAGGCGAGGAGAGCAGCAAUACAAUGCAAGCCGUCAUCCGUCGACACGUUGUAGAGUAUCGGGGUUGA